AUGAGUCGGCUGAUGUUUACACAAAUACUGCUCUGUGGAUUUUUAUACGUUCGGGUUGAUGGAUCUCGUCUUCGCCAGGAAGACUUUCCCCCGAGGAUCGUGGAGCACCCCUCUGAUGUCAUUGUCUCUAAGGGAGAGCCCACUACUUUGAACUGUAAGGCCGAGGGCCGGCCAACGCCCACCAUUGAGUGGUACAAGGAUGGUGAGCGGGUGGAAACUGACAAGGAUGAUCCCCGGUCCCACAGGAUGCUUCUGCCCAGCGGAUCCUUAUUCUUCUUACGCAUUGUGCAUGGGCGCAGAAGUAAACCUGAUGAAGGAAGCUAUGUGUGUGUUGCAAGGAACUAUCUUGGUGAAGCAGUGAGUCGAAAUGCAUCUCUGGAAGUGGCAUUGUUACGAGAUGACUUCCGGCAAAAUCCCACAGAUGUUGUAGUGGCAGCCGGAGAGCCUGCAAUCCUGGAGUGCCAGCCUCCCCGGGGACACCCAGAACCUACUAUCUACUGGAAAAAAGAUAAAAUUCGAAUUGAUGACAAGGAAGAAAGAAUAAGUAUCCGUGGUGGAAAACUAAUGAUCUCCAAUACCAGAAAGAGUGAUGCUGGGAUGUAUACCUGUGUGGGCACCAACAUGGUGGGAGAGAGAGACAGUGAUCCAGCAGAGCUGACUGUCUUUGAACGACCCACAUUUCUCAGGAGGCCAAUUAACCAAGUGGUGCUGGAGGAAGAAGCUGUAGAAUUCCGUUGUCAGGUCCAGGGCGAUCCUCAGCCAACUGUGCGCUGGAAAAAGGAUGAUGCAGACUUCCCGAGAGGAAGGUAUGACAUCAAAGACGACUAUACACUGAGAAUUAAAAAGGCAGUGAGCACAGAUGAAGGCACGUACACGUGUAUCGCUGAGAAUCGGGUUGGAAAAGUAGAAGCUUCCGCUACCCUCACCGUCCGAGCUCGCCCUGUCGCUCCUCCACAGUUUGUGGUUAGGCCAAGAGAUCAGAUUGUCGCUCAAGGUCGAACAGUGACAUUUCCCUGUGAAACUAAAGGAAACCCACAGCCAGCAGUUUUUUGGCAAAAAGAAGGCAGCCAGAACCUGCUCUUCCCAAACCAACCCCAACAGCCCAACAGUAGGUGUUCUGUGUCACCAACUGGGGACCUUACAAUUACCAACAUUCAGCGUUCGGACGCGGGUUACUACAUCUGUCAGGCCCUCACCGUGGCAGGAAGUAUUUUAGCAAAAGCUCAACUGGAAGUUACUGAUGUUUUGACAGAUAGACCCCCACCUAUAAUUCUACAAGGCCCAGCCAACCAAACAUUAGCAGUUGAUGGCACAGCAUUACUGAAAUGUAAAGCUACUGGUGACCCUCUUCCUGUAAUUAGCUGGUUAAAGGAGGGAUUUACUUUCCUGGGUAGAGAUCCGAGAGCAACUAUACAAGAACAAGGAACCUUGCAGAUUAAGAACUUAAGGAUUUCUGAUACUGGCACUUAUACUUGUGUGGCUACAAGUUCAAGUGGGGAGACUUCCUGGAGUGCUGUGCUGGAUGUGACAGAAUCUGGAGCAGCAAUCAGUAAAAAUUAUGAUUUAAAUGACCUACCUGGACCACCAUCCAAACCACAGGUCACUGAUGUGACUAAGAACAGUGUCACUUUGUCCUGGCAACCAGGAGCCCCUGGAAUCCUUCCAGCAAGUGCAUAUAUCAUUGAGGCUUUCAGCCAAUCGGUGAGCAAUAGCUGGCAGACAGUGGCAAAUCACGUAAAGACCACCCUCUAUACAGUGAGAGGACUGCGGCCCAAUACAAUCUAUUUAUUCAUGGUCAGAGCAAUCAACCCCCAAGGUCUCAGUGACCCGAGUGCUAUGUCAGACCCUGUGCGCACCCAAGAUAUCAGCCCUCCAGCACAAGGAGUGGACCACAGACAAGUCCAGAAAGAACUCGGAGACGUCCUUGUCCGCCUUCAUGCUCCAGUUGUAUUGACUCCCACCACUGUUCAAGUCACGUGGACGGUUGAUCGCCAACCCCAGUUUAUUCAAGGCUACCGAGUGAUGUACCGUCAGACUUCAGGCCUGCAGGCUACAACAGCAUGGCAGAAUUUAGAUGCCAAAGUCCCAACUGAGAGAAGUGCUGUCUUAGUCAAUCUGAAAAAGGGGGUGACUUACGAAAUUAAAGUUCGACCAUAUUUUAAUGAGUUCCAAGGAAUGGAUAGUGAAUCUAAAACAGUCCGUACUACUGAAGAAGCCCCAAGUGCCCCUCCACAAUCUGUCACUGUGCUGACUGUUGGAAGCCACAAUAGCACAAGUAUUAGUGUUUCCUGGGAUCCUCCUCCUCCAGAUCAUCAGAAUGGAAUUAUCCAGGAAUACAAGAUCUGGUGUCUGGGGAAUGAAACACGAUUCCACAUCAACAAAACUGUGGAUGCAGCCAUUCGUUCUGUAAUCAUUGGUGGAUUAUUCCCAGGUAUCCAGUACCGGGUAGAGGUUGCAGCUAGUACCAGUGCAGGAGUUGGAGUAAAAAGUGAGCCACAGCCAAUAAUAAUUGGGGGACGAAAUGAAGUUGUCAUUACUGAAAACAAUAACAGCAUAACUGAGCAAAUCACUGAUGUUGUGAAGCAACCAGCUUUUAUAGCUGGUAUUGGUGGUGCCUGCUGGGUAAUUCUGAUGGGUUUUAGCAUCUGGUUGUACUGGCGAAGAAAGAAGAGAAAGGGACUCAGUAAUUAUGCUGUUACAUUUCAAAGAGGAGAUGGAGGACUAAUGAGCAAUGGAAGCCGCCCAGGUCUUCUAAAUGCUGGUGAUCCCAGUUAUCCAUGGCUUGCUGACUCAUGGCCAGCCACAAGCUUGCCAGUAAACAAUAGCAAUAGUGGCCCAAAUGAGAUUGCAAACUUUGGGCGUGGGGAUGUGCUGCCACCAGUUCCAGGCCAAGGGGAUAAAACGGCAACAAUGCUCUCAGAUGGAGCCAUUUAUAGCAGCAUUGACUUCACGACCAAAACCACUUACAAUAGUUCCAGCCAAAUAACACAGGCUACCCCAUAUGCCACGACACAGAUAUUGCAUUCCAAUAGCAUACAUGAAUUGGCUGUCGAUCUGCCUGAUCCACAGUGGAAAAGCUCAAUUCAGCAAAAAACAGACCUGAUGGGCUUUGGUUAUUCUCUACCCGAUCAGAACAAAGGUAACAACGCCUUACUUUACAUCCCUGACUACCGAUUGGCUGAGGGAUUGUCUAAUAGAAUGCCACACAACCAGUCACAGGAUUUCAGCACCACCAGCUCUCACAACAGCUCAGAGAGGAGUGGCAGUCUCUCAGGUGGGAAAGGUGGAAAAAAGAAGAAAAAUAAAAACUCUUCUAAACCACAGAAAAACAAUGGAUCGACCUGGGCCAAUGUUCCACUACCUCCUCCCCCAGUCCAGCCUCUUCCGGGUACAGAGCUGGAACACUAUACAGUGGAACAGCAAGAAAAUGGCUACGACAGUGAUAGCUGGUGCCCACCAUUACCAGUUCAAACUUAUUUACACCAGGGUAUGGAAGAUGAACUGGAAGAAGAUGAUGAUCGUGUCCCAACACCUCCUGUCCGAGGCGUGGCUUCUUCUCCUGCUAUUUCCUUUGGACAGCAGUCCACGGCAACUCUGACUCCCUCCCCACGGGAAGAGAUGCAGCCCAUGCUGCAGGCUCACCUGGAUGAGUUGACAAGGGCCUAUCAGUUCGAUAUAGCAAAGCAAACAUGGCAUGUUCAAAGCAAUAAUCAACCUCCGCAGCCCCCAGUUCCACCAUUAGGUUACAUGUCUGGAGCCUUGAUUUCCGAUUUAGAAACAGAUGUUCCAGACGAUGAUGCUGAUGAUGAAGAGGAAGCUUUAGAAAUCCCCAGACCCCUGCGAGCGCUAGAGCAGACACCUGGAUCCAGUACGGACAAUCUAGAGAGCUCUGUGACAGGUUCAAUGGUAAAUGGAUGGGGCUCUGCAUCUGAUGAGGACCGUAACUUUUCUAGUCAUAGAUCUAGCGUAGGUAGCUCCUCAGAUGGCUCCAUCUGUGCCAGCGGCAGUUUUGCACAAGCUCUGGUGGCAGCAGCAGAUAAAGCUGGUUUUAGGCUGGAUGGAACCAGCCUUACAAGAACAGGCAAAGCCUUUACCUCCUCUCAAAGACCUCGACCAACCAGCCCAUUUUCUACUGACAGUAACACCAGUGCAGCCCUGAGUCAAAGUCAGAGGCCUCGGCCCACUAAAAAACACAAGGGCGGGCGAGUGGACCCACAGCCUGCCUUGCCUCACCGCAGGGAAGGGAUGACAGAUGAUCUUCCACCACCACCAGAUCCCCCUCCAGGUCAGGGUUUAAGGCAGCAGAUAGGCUCGAGCCAGCAUGCUGGUAACGUGGAAAAUUCAACAGAGAGAAAAGGAAGCUCUCUGGAGAGACAGCAAGCAUCCACCUUAGAAGACACAAAGAGCUCUUUGGAUUGUCCAGCUAAAACGUCCCUAGAGUGGCAGCGGCAAACCCAGGAAUGGAUAAACUCCACUGAACGCCCAGAAGACAUACGGAAAGCCCUCCACAAACAAAGUGUCGGACCAGAGGAGACGUUGGUGCCCUACAGCAAGCCCAGCUUCCCAUCUCCAGGGGGUCAUAGCUCAUCAGGAACGGCUUCUUCUAAGGGAUCCACUGGACCUAGGAAAGCCGAUGCUUUGAGGGGAAGCCACCAGCGCAAUGCCAGCGACCUUCUUGACAUAGGAUAUAUGGGCUCAAAUAGUCAAGGACAGUUUACAGGUGAAUUAUGUUAUCAUGGGACAGUGAUAAUGCAGGGACUCCAGCCACCCCCCACAGCAGAUCAUGUUGAAACAACAAAAGAAGCCACCCUGGGGCCCUUCAAUGAGAUAGGGCAAGAGUUCCAGGGCCACAACAAGGAUUGUACUCCCAAGGAAUAUGUUACCUUAGGAUCUGUUUGA